AACCUUCCGCAGUUCAAAUCCCCCACCACCAUUCGCGGAGGCGAGACGAGGCGAUGGCGGCGGUGAGGCUGACCCCGAACGGCGUGCCGGCGGGGCUGGACGGGGACCUGAACCUCCGGCCGAUCCUGCAGGUCGUCAACCUGCGCUGCGUCAACGUCGACGGCGGCCCCGGCGCCGCCCGGGCCGACAGGUGGCGCGGCCUCGUCUCCGACGGCAACGAGACCUGCCCCGCCAUGUUCGCCGCGCAGCUCAGCGGCCUCACGCGCUCCGGCGUCAUCCGCCGCGGCACCGUCGUGCAGCUCGACGAGUACGUCGUCAACGUCGUCGGGGGCAGGAGGGUCUUCGUCGUUCUGAAUAUGACAGUUCUUCUCGCUGAGUGCGACAUAAUUGGGAACCCAGUGAUUACAGAAAGUGAAUUUUCUAACCAAACCCCCCCAAGGGUGGAGCAAUCUAAUGGAACACGUCAAUAUGGUUCCAUGGCAGGAAACCCGAGUCCAAUAAGGCCCAAUGGAAAUGUUCCAGUCUUCCAACCUUCUAUGUCAGAGAACACUUUGAACACACCCACCAGGCUCGGCAACAAACCUCCGGCCUUCCAACCAACUGCGCAGCCAUCCUAUCGUCCUGCACCCAGUUACAAAAAUCACGGAGCGAUUGCAAAAAAUGAAGCCCCUGCUAGGAUAAUCCCCAUAUCCUCCUUAAAUCCUUAUCAGGGACGCUGGGCUAUCAAGGGUAGGGUUACUGCUAAGGGAGACAUCCGCCGGUACCAUAAUGCAAAAGGUGAAGGCAAAGUGUUCAGCUUCGACCUGCUUGAUUCUGAUGGGGGUGAGAUACGAGUGGCGUGUUUCAACGCUCUUCUUGAUCGCUUCCAUGAAGUUGUGGAAGUUGGUAAGGUCUAUGUGGUAUCAAGAGGGAACUUGAAACCUGCACAGAAGAACUUUAACCAUCUGAACAAUGAGUGGGAGAUUAUGUUGGAGAAUGGAUCAACAGUUGAGCUUUGUCCUGAUGAGGAUAGGUCAAUUCCCUCUCAGCGGUUUAACUUUAGACCGAUCUGUGAAAUUGAAGAUACUCCAACCACUACUAUGGUUGAUAUCAUAGGUGUUGUUACCUCUGUCAGCACUUGCACCACAUUACAGAAGAAAAAUGGCACGGAAACUCAGAAAAGAAAUAUAAACCUGAAGGAUAUGUCUGGUCGAAGUGUUGAUGUAACCAUGUGGGGUGACUUUUGCAACAGAGAAGGCUCAAAGCUGCAAGAAAUGGUUGAACGUGGGGUCUUCCCUGUGCUAGCUGUCAAAACAGGAAGAGUGACUGAUUUCAAUGGCAAGUCUGUCGGCACAAUUUCUUCCUCUCAACUCCUCAUAGACCCCGAUAUCACCGAAGCUCAUACUCUGAGGCAGUGGUUUGAUGCUGGAGGAAGGGAUGCUUCUACUCAGUCCAUAUCCAGGGAUGUCGCUCCUGCAGCAUCAAGGAAUGUGGUCCGGAUGACAGUAGCUCAAAUCAAGGAUGAAGGUCUUGGAAUGCAGGACAAGCCUGAUUGGGUCACAGUGAAGGCCUCCAUUAUAUUCUUCAAGAGCGACAGCUUCUGCUACACAGCUUGCCCUACCAAGGAAGGUGACAGGCAAUGCAACAAGAAAGUGACAAAGGGGACCUCUGGCUUGUGGUGCUGUGACAGAUGCGACAAGGAGUUUCCAGAGUGCGACUACAGGUAUCUUCUGCAGCUACAGAUUCAAGAUCACUCGGGAACAGCUUGGGUGACGGCUUUUCAAGAGGCUGCGCAGGAGUUACUAGGUUGCUCGGCGGGAGAUCUCAAUAGGUACAAAGAGGAGGAGGAUCCUCGCUUCGCAGAGACCAUGGUCAGCUGUCUGUUCCAGGAUUAUCUGCUCAGGCUGAAAGUCAAAGAAGAAACAUAUGGUGACGAGCGGAGAGUGAAGAACACCUUGGUCAAAGUGGAGAGGUUUGAUCCUGCAGGUGAAAGUAAAUAUCUGCUGGAUUCGAUUUCAAGGUCAGUGGGUUAUUAAGCAGCGAGUUUCGCCCCCAGAGAGGUGUGGCAGUGUCCGUAACAUGUUCUCUUGCUCGCACGGCCCAAGUGUUUGCUUACCAUGUUAAGGGUUGAGAAUUUAUUCAACCUCGAAAAAAAAAAGUUUUUGCUGAUAUGUUUUUGAUGUGCUAGCUAGUAAGCAUGCCAAUCUCGGGCUAUUUCGUGUCAUUAUUUACUUUUAACAGAACAAUUCAGAUGUAGCUACUAAAACUUAUUGAUGUUUCUGUUUAUGGCUAUCUCGAUCAUUUUAUUUGAGUAGCAAUGGAGUUCCAGUUUCACUGGUUGCCAGUC